AUGACAUCGAAUACGACUAUCCCAGGAUUGGGCUCCAAGUCUCAUCCAGCUGAUGUGGACGGCCAACCGAUCGUGCUCCAUGUUGUUUCACCCUCAUUCGACGCUCAACGGCGCAUUACAUUUAACGACCUCCCUCUAUCUACUACAAUAUCAGAAGUCAAAGCCAAAAUCACCCAAGAACUGCCGAGCAGACCGCCUCCAGAGAGCCAGCGGCUCAUCUAUCGGGGGAAGCCCUUAUCGGACAACAAUCAAGUCUUGAAGCACAUAGUUGAGCCAUCGGAUACGCUUGUAUACUCGAUGCACCUUGUAUUACCACCUUCCACCUCCUCGAUUCCUACCUUCAAGCCAAGAGGAGCCUCCUCUGCUUCCGGCGUUCUAUCAGAUAACGACACACGACCCAACACCUUGAGGUAUCGAAACUCUCAAGGAAGCAUUGAAAUCGCGCCUAGAAAUCGGACUGCUGGACAGUUUACCCCGCUACAGGACCAUGCUAUUUCUCGUUUAAAUGAGGAAGAACGCACACAGAGUCAGAGCCAGGAACGAUCGCCCGUUAACACCACUACCCUGUCACAUCAUUCUCACCAAUUCAACCCUACCACUGGUAUAUGGGGAAGGAUAGGCCAGAACACACUCCAAGAUUCGCGCGUCUCACCCACCACCUUUACCUCACCACAAAAUUUAGGCUCAGUUCCACCAGUUAGAAACCCUCUUGCACCCAAUCAGCCGCUAAACCAACCACUACGACCUCUUUCAGACCAGCCUCUCCAACAUUUAAGAUCGCAUAAUGGCUUGUCGGAAGCUGCUCUACCUGUACAGCGCACCGCCAGUCACCCGCCGACCCAGCCCGCCCAAAACCAUCGGACAUCAACAUCAACACUUGAUUCGGAAAGCAGGAGAUACCAACUAGGGCUUGUAGUACGGAAUAUCAUCACCAUGGAGAGCCAGCUACAGGCAGGAAUUAUUCCCAGAGUCGAUGAAAUAUCAGCAGCUCGUAGCCAGCUGUACCAACACCUCGAUCAACAACAUCGCAGCCUCCUCGAGCCUCGGGAUGUGCCGAUAGAGGGAUGGAUCAUGCGGGUAUCGACUCUGGCUACUCGUGCAGACCAGCUACGACUUUUGAGAGCUAGAAAUUUGAACUCUACUUCCUCUCAAAGAACAUCGCCAACCACCUUGAUGACGUCCAACAUUUCUCGUCACACUCCGUAUUUGGUAGUCUCUCCAUCCGGGUACCAGGGUGUCUUACUGCCUCCAACAGAUUUGCUACCUGCGUCUAUUAGCAGAGCUACUACCACCCAUUUCCUACCGCCGGCUAUACCAUUUACUCCCAACGGCAUAACACGACAUAUAAAUGUCAAUCGGCCAUUGAACCCCGAUCUCUUACGAGUACGACGCCGACAUAGUGUAGUUAUAAGAGGGGCUACCCUUGUCAAAGUCGUUAGAGCGUUAUGGCUGUUCAUCCGACUCUACUUCUUUUGCUACAUUUUAAGUGAUUCCGGAACCUGGUUCCGUGUUUUUCUUGUCACCCUUUCCAUUGCCUGGGCCUGUCUCUCUGAGACCGACAUCCCGCAGCAAGUCCGGAGAGCAAUCUUCAACCCUCUUCGACGUCAAGUUGAAGGCCUAUUACCAAUCCAACCGGGUCUGACCCAACCGCCGCGCAGGAGGCAAGAUCAUGAGAAUGAUCUACAGGGAAGGAGAGCUUCACGAGCUUUCCCCCGAGACCACAACGAAGAAGAACCUCAAGGCCGCAACGCGCAGACGGGAAUUUUGCAAAGAAACAGAGGCUUGGAGAGGGGGAUUGCUCUUUUCUUUGCGUCUCUCAUACCCGGAAUUAGCGAGCAACAGAUUGCCGCGAUGAACGCUGCUAAUGCUGUUCGGGAGAAUGAAGAACGCGCCAGGCAGGAGCAAGAGGAUCAAGCGGCGCAACAGGAGCCCGAAGCUGCGGCAAAUGAAGAGCUUAAUCCGCAAGCUGGACAAACAGAGGGCCACCAUAAUGGAGAGGGCCAACCACCAGAGCUAUAA